CCCAUUCUGCCAAGAUGUAUUUUAUUGGUUUAUAUUUCUUACAGAGCACACUGGCCUUUAUUUGUUUUUCACGGAAUUGUUUAUGUCCCUAUCAGAUAAGCUUGCCCAUCGAGCAGACUUGAUUCCCGGCGAACACCGGAUGCUCCGGGCGUACCAUAGCUUGGAGGAAGAGAUCCCUGACGCAGCUAGUAAAGGAGGGCCGAAGACGCCAGAUUAUAAUCCCCUAGAGAGAGGAUGUCCGAUGCAUUGGGCAGGGUGAGGAACAUUGUCGAGGUUGCGCUCCAGAUCAAGGAGGCGGUCGACACCGUUCGAAAGAAUAAGGCUGAUUGUUAUGAGAUCGGAAGGCGCGUAAGCAGAUUAAGUGCUAUCCUGUCAAAGAUGGAGAAUUUGGAGAUGGUGAAGGACCAGGCGAUGAUCCAGGCGCUUGAGAACCUCGAGGAGACCCUGUAUCGGGCGCUGAAGCUUGUCAGGGCCUGCCAGUCGACGCGCAACAUUCACCUGGGUGCAACUGGAUACCUGACCAAAGAGUUGCGCCAGGUAAACCAGGUUAUCAUGGACCAAAUUGCGGCCGCAAACUGGAUUACACAGGAUGCUGGCCAUCUAGGGGCAGUGGAGAGCUCGUCUAGCAGUGCGUCAAACAAUGAUACUAGAUUUGGAGCUGAUGGUGAGAGAAAAAGUGAUCCAGCCUGUAUGGAGCACUUUCUCAACCAAUCAGGAUUUAGAAUGUUCAGUUUAUCUGAGAUGAAGGCCGCUACAAAUAACUUCUCGGAACACAACCUGAUUGGGAGAGGUGGCAGUGCUACUGUGUACAAGGGUGUAAUAUCUGACGUAUUGGUUGCCAUAAAGAGAUUUUGUGCAGCUCGGCACUUACGAAGAGAUGUAGAUCAUUAUGUGAAUGUCUUUGCAUUGCUGGGUCAGCACCAAAAUAUAGUUUGCUUUCUCGGAUAUUGCCAGGAAACCACAUACGAGAAGAUGCUAUACAAGGGCCGCUAUGUGGAGGCUGAAAUAACUAGUAUGAUAGUGGUCGAAGAGUACACCCCGAAUGGAAACUUGUCCGACAUUAUCGAAGGACAGUGUCCGCAGAUGGAUUGGUCUAUCAUAUUCCAAAUAAUUCAAGGGAUGGCACAAGGCAUAGCUCAUCUGCACUGGAAAAACAUUAUCCAUAUGGAUUUGAAGCCAGAAAACAUCCUGUUUGACUCUAAUAUGAACCCUAAAAUCUGUGAUUUUGAAAUGUGCAAAAUAUUUGAUCAAGAGGUGACUCAAGAAGUCACGGAAGAGUUAGCAGGCACCCUGGGAUAUAUGGCUCCAGAAUAUAUUGCUCAAGGUGUCAUCUCAGCCAAGAAUGAUGUCUACAGUUUUGGCCUCUUAGUCUUAUCUACCAUUAGAGGAAUGAGCAGGUCUGGACUUCUCCAACAUUCAAUUGAGUGGGCUUGGGAGGUACGGGAAGCUCAGAGUCUGAAGGAUUUAUUUGACUCUGCAUCUUGUGGAGAGUCACAGCUACAGGAAGUGGAAAGAAGAAUACAUAUCGGACUGUUGUGCACCCAAGACAAUCCAAGGGAGCGGCCAACCAUGCCGGAUGUUCUCAGGAUGCUAAACAGCGAGGAAAGGCCAGCAGCCCCAACGCCACCUAGUUUCAUUAAAAGAUAAAAGACAUAACAGACUCUCUGUGCACGUGCGCCUCCUAUCGAUGCAAGUGCCCUUUCCACCUGCUUCAAGCUUAAUGGAAUUAAUUGCAAAUCAUAUGAUAGGACACCUAGUUUAGGAGUUCUAGGUACAUGUAGUAACUUCUAUUAACAAUUAAUGAGAAGAGAACGAGGCCCUGUUUAGUUGCCCAAUUUUGGACAACCAAAA